UUAGAAACAAUUAUUUUAUUCUCUUGCCGAAACUGAAAGCUGGAUUUAUAACCUAAACCCAUGAAUUAUGAUCAUUAUCAUCUCAUAACGUACAAUAAGUUGUUGAUGACUCUCCUGUUCAAUUAUAGGCUAAGCUCUUAAUGUUAUUUGUUGGCUUUCCGACGUUGUUUGUUGGGUCAUGCAUCUAUUUAAUCGUCCCAUGAAUUAAUAUCUUCAUAUUGCAGUGGAGAUCGGGAGAAUAUGUUGGAAAGAAUGGCCCAAACAAAAAUCCCUUCCAUCCAGCUUGGCACAAUAUUAGUGCUGAUCAUGUGUAUGUUGUUUUGCUGCAGAACGACUCAGCAAGCAGAGACGGCCAACAUGGUUGGUGAUGACAAAGGUUGGACCUUUGGCGUCAGUGACUGGCCUGAUGGGAAGAGCUUUAAGACCGGCGAUAUUCUUGUGUUCAUGUAUGAUCGGACCAAACACGAUGUGGUGGUUGUCCGAGAUGAUCAACAUGGUUAUGAUUCAUGCACUGUCCCAGAGGUUGUCGCCGGAUGGUAUCAGACAGGAUAUGAUGAGAUCAAGCUUGAACAAGGAAUAACAUUUUUCAUCAGCUCCUAUCCUCAAAACUGUGCAUCCGGAAUGAAGCUGGCUAUAAAUAUUACUGCUUGAUCAGGAACCACACGAUCAACUGAACAUCUUUAUAUACGGAUCCCCCCGGUCUCUCUUAUCAAUAAUUGUAAGGCCAGACAUGCGUGCAUGCAGCAUGCUAUUCGAUCGAUCGUUUUGUUUUAAGUUGUCAAGAAUUACUUAUACGAAUGUAUUUGAUUAUGAU